GAGAGCAGCGCGCGCAAGAAUACUUUGGGCACGACUUUGUUCAGCAACUAUUGGAGCAGCCAUUUUGUGAAUUGCUAACGCAAUGGUUAGCUUUCUUUUGUGCUGUUGAAGGAAAUCGAAGGAACUAGUUGUGCUUUGCUUGAAUUUCAAUGUUUAUUGCUUAAUCCACUGUGCACUGGGCUAUGUUGAAGCUCGUUUGCGCAAAGUACAGUACGUGACAAUACUGAAGUUAUUUUUUUAGAUGUCUAGUGCCGCAAGUUCUCGCAAUAUUGAUCAAAGCCUGAGCCCACCGGCGAAGAAGCGCAGGUCUGAAUUUCUAACAAAUUCCAAUUCCAUUUGCGAAAAAAAUAGCUCAGGUGAAAUGGCACAAAAUGGCUCCUCCAACUCGAGUACCAACAAUAUUGAUGAAGGCCUUUAUUCACGUCAACUCUAUGUCUUGGGUCAUGAAGCCAUGCGACGCAUGGCAACAGCAGAGGUGUUGGUAUGUGGUGCUGGAGGAUUGGGAGUAGAAGUUGCAAAAAAUAUUAUUCUUGGUGGAGUGAAAAGUGUUACUAUUCAUGACUCUGAAAAUUGUGAAAUUAAAGACCUUUCAUCACAGUAUUAUCUUACAAAAGCAGAUGUUGGAAAAAAUAGAGCUCAAGCAACAUUAGAACACCUGAGCGAAUUGAACAGCUAUGUAUCUGUUCAUGCCCAUACUGAAAGCCUGUCUGAGGACUUCUUACACAAGUUCAAUGUUAUAGUUCUUACAAAUUCAAGCCUAGAAGAACAACAUAGGAUAGGAGAAUUCACUCAUAAAAACAACAUUGCAUUAAUUAUAUCGGAUACAAAAGGGUUAUUUGGGCAAGUAUUUUGCGAUUUUGGUGAGAGCUUCACUGUCUUUGAUGUCAAAGGGGAACAACCUUUAUCAGCCAUGAUAGCUUCUAUUAGCAAAGAUAAAAAUUCUGUUGUUACUUGCUUGGAAGAAACUAGACAUGGUUUUGAAGAUGGAGAUUAUGUGACAUUUUCAGAAGUUCAAGGGAUGAUUGAGCUAAAUGGAUGUGAACCAAGAAAGGUCCGAGUAUUUGGUCCAUACACCUUUGGCAUUGGCGAUACAUCAAAUUUUAGUGAUUACAGUAGAGGUGGUGUAGCUACUCAGGUUAACAUGCCAAAGAUAGUACACUUUAAAUCUUUAAAGGAGUCCAUGAUGAAUCCAGAGUUUCUUACUACAGAUUUUGCCAAGUUGGACCGACCACCACAACUACAUUUAGCUUUUCAAACUCUUCAUAGCUUUAAACAGAAACAUGGUAGAUUGCCAAAGCCAUGGAAUAAGACAGAUGCUGAAGACUUUCUUUCUAUUGCCAAAGAAUUAAAUGCAAGUAACCAGAAUCCGGUGGAAAUAGAUGAAAAUAUUAUUCGUCAGUUUUCUUAUAUUUCUGAAGGUGAUGUUUCUCCCAUGCAAGCUGUGAUAGGUGGAAUUACUGCUCAAGAAAUAAUGAAGGCUUGUAGUGGAAAAUUCCAUCCCAUUGUUCAAUGGCUUUAUUUUGAUGCUCUUGAAUGUUUACCGGAAGAGGGAGGUGUUGAUGAAUCUCUUGCUCAGCCUCUUGGAACUCGUUAUGAUGGUCAAAUAGCUAUAUUUGGUUGCGACUUCCAGAAAAAACUUGCUGACCUAAAAUAUUUUGUGGUUGGUGCUGGAGCUAUUGGUUGUGAACACUUGAAGAACUUCUCUCUCAUGGGAAUAGCAUCUGGUGCAUCAGGAAAAGUAAUUGUAACAGACAUGGAUCUUAUUGAACGCUCUAAUCUUAACAGGCAAUUUUUAUUCAGACCUUGGGAUGUCGGCGAGAUGAAAGCCAAAGUGGCUGGAGCAGCUGUCACAAAAAUGAACCCAGAAGUGAACAUAGAAGCUCAUCAAAAUCGGGUUGGGCUUGACACUGAAAUGAUUUAUGAUGAUGACUUUUUUGAAAAUUUAGAUGGGGUUGCAAAUGCAUUGGACAACAUUGAUGCAAGAACUUACAUGGAUAGAAGGUGUGUUUACUAUCGAAAACCACUUCUGGAAUCUGGCACCUUAGGAACAAAAGGCAAUGUUCAAGUUGUUAUUCCAUUUUUGACUGAAUCAUAUGCAUCAUCACAAGAUCCUCCAGAGAAAUCUAUUCCUAUUUGUACAUUGAAAAAUUUCCCUAAUGCAAUUGAACACACACUUCAGUGGGCUAGAGAUGAAUUUGAAGGACUCUUCAAACAAGCUGCAGAAAAUGCUUAUUUAUACAUGACGGAUCCCACAUUCAAUGAAAGAACUUUAAAGUUAGCUGGAAACCAACCGCUUGAAGUGUUAGAAACUGUGAAACGAGUAAUUAUGGAUGAGCGGCCUAAAUCAUUUAAGGAUUGUAUCGUGUGGGCUCGACUGCACUGGGAAGAACAAUAUCACAAUCAAAUUAGUCAACUUUUGUAUAAUUUUCCUCCAGAUCAGCUUACAAGCUCUGGUGCUCCCUUCUGGUCUGGUCCGAAACGUUGUCCAAAACCUCUUGUGUUUGACAUCAACAAUCCACUACAUUUAGAUUAUGUUGCGGCUGCUGCCAAUCUUCGAGCUUUUAUGUAUGGUAUUCCUGCUAACAGAGACAAAGAAAAUAUUGCUGAAAUGAUUAGCAGUGUAAAAGUUCCUGAAUUCAUCCCAAAAUCUGGUGUUCGUAUUGCAAUCACAGACUCGGAAGCUCAAGAAAAUAAUGCUACAGCGGAUAUUGAUCGUUUAUCACAGCUGCAAAGUGAACUUCCUCAUCCGAAAGAACUUAAUAAUUUGAAAAUACAGCCUAUAGAAUUUGAAAAAGAUGAUGAUACAAAUUUUCAUAUGGACUUUAUUGUUGCUGCUUCAAAUUUAAGAGCAGAGAAUUAUGGCAUUGCUCCAGCAGAUCGACAUAAAAGCAAACUGAUUGCUGGAAAAAUCAUUCCUGCGAUAGCUACAACAACGGCCAUAGUUUCCGGCCUAGUUUGCUUAGAACUGUAUAAACUUGUUCAAGGUCACAAAAAGCUAGAAUCAUUUAAAAAUGGAUUCAUCAAUUUAGCUCUUCCAUUUUUUGCAUUUUCAGAACCUGUACCUGCUCCAAAACAAAAGUAUUACGAAACUGAGUUUACACUGUGGGACCGUUUUGAAAUUAAGGGUGAAAUGACCCUUCGAGAGUUUUUAAAUUAUUUUAAGGAUGAACAUAAGCUGGAAAUUACAAUGCUUUCCCAGGGCGUUUGUAUGUUAUACUCUUUCUUCCUACAAGAACCUAGACGAAAAGAAAGGCUGGACUUAUUAAUGAGUGAAGUAGUAAAAAGAGUAUCCAAGCGUAAAAUAGAACCUUAUAUUAAAGCCCUCGUCUUUGAACUAUGCUGCAAUGAUGUUGAAGGUGGAGACGUAGAAGUUCCAUAUGUUAGAUACACACUUCCCCAAACAGUAUCUGAAUAGUACCAUGUAUAGUUCAUUAAAGGAAAGUCUGAAAUACAGCUGUUCACCAUCUAUGAACUUAAAACAACAGGCAUAGGACUUUAAUUUCGUAAAUGUUCCUGUGGAAGUGUGGAUAAUAUUUUUGUCAAGCUUCUUCAUCUUUUAUAUCCACCAGAUUUUAUAUUUAUUUCCGUGCUUGUUUAAAAGGCUAGCUUUUUGGCCAAACUUUUCUAAAAAUUUAUGUUACAAUAACUUGCAAUCUUAACUAAUAAAAUUUUCAUCUUUUUAGUGUA